GGAGGCGCUCCGGCUGCUCAGGGCUGCGCUACGUGCUGGAACUAGUAACUGAUGACUUUGCUUGAGUAGUCAGGGGUGGUGAAAAAAAACAACAUUUUAUUUUAUUUAUUUUUUUCUUGUUCCUGACAGCAACAGGGAGACUUGUUCCAGAAUGCGGCGUUGUUGCUGAUCACCUUCACGGCAGCUGUCUGUCUCUGUUUGGACUCUGACUGGGAGGGACGCACAAGGACAAAAUGCCACAGCGGAAAUCACUCACCCUGUCCUGUCUCAGAAGAAGGGACAACAAACCCUGAUCAUCCCUUUUUUAAAAACAUCCACUUUGGAUACACCUCUUCUCAUAUUGGAUUUUUUUUUCUUUAAUUCUAACAGUUUUCCAUCSGUGAGGAGCAGUGAGUCACUGCAGGCAGGAGGCGAGCCGCUGCAUCCUAAUCAGACAGCGGAGAGGACUUCAGCUCAUUGACAUUACAGUCAGACUUUGGAGCACUUUUUUCCCCUCGCUGCGCUGCGCUGUAGAGCGCGUGUGCGUCGGAGGAGAAGGGGGAUACGGGUGGAACCUACAGUGAGAAAUAAAACUCCCUGAAACCAGAAUGGAAAUGACAAUUCUGAUUUGACACUUGUCUGUUUUUUUUUUCUUCCAACUAAUGGAGCAGUUUCUCUUGGUGUAUGAGUGAACACUUGCAAUGACUAUUCUGUUUGGAGUCUGGAUCUCGAUUAUUGUUCAGAUGAGUCUGGGUGCUCAGCUGAAUAUAAAUUAGACUUUCACUACCACAGAUUGCUUGGAGAGGAAGAAAGCAACACAGCAAAGACAAUCUGCAAAAGACAAAUGUCGAUGCAACACAUGAUGAACAGGACUUCUAAUUUGAUCCGUAAUAACAAAAAUACCAAAUCCGAUCAAAAUAUCAACAGGUCAUAGAAAGAGGAACCACUGCACAGAUUUGAGCAGCUUUCAGUGAGAGGAGAUGCAUCUUUCUAUUUUCUUUUUCCUCCUCUUGUGGGCUCAAGCCCUGACAUUGAAAAACUUGAAUUACUCUGUCCCGGAGGAGCAGGGUCCAGGAACGGUGAUUGGGAACAUAGCCAAAGAUGCCAAGCUUGGACUCGAACAAAUUGGGCAGGGAGGACAGGGAAAGAAAGCCAACUUCAGAGUGCUGGAGAACUCGGCCCCGCAUCUCAUCGACGUGGACCCUCAAAGCGGACUUCUGUACACAAAGCAGCGCAUCGACAGGGAAACAUUGUGUAAGAGAAGCCCCAAGUGCCAGCUCUCCAUGGAGGUGUUUGCCAAUGACAAGGAGAUAUGCAUGAUAAAAAUAGACAUUCAGGACAUUAACGACAACUCGCCUAUUUUUCCUUCAGAUCAGAUUGAUAUUGACAUUUCUGAAAAUGCAGUGCCAGGGACACGUUUUCCCUUGACCAGUGCACAUGACCCUGAUGCAGGGGAAAAUGGCCUGAAAACCUAUCAAAUAACCCGCGAUGACUACAAUCUGUUUUCCUUGGAGGUAAAAUCCAGAGGGGAUGGGACCAAAUUCCCAGAAUUAGUUAUUCAACGGCCACUGGACCGAGAAGAACGAAGCCAUCACACUCUUAUUUUGUCGGCCACCGAUGGUGGAGAAUAUCCUAGAUCAGGGACUAUGCAGAUAAACGUUAAAGUUAUUGAUUCCAAUGACAACAGCCCAGUGUUUGAUCAGCCAUCAUAUGUCGUAGAAAUCCCUGAAAAUUCUCCUCCUGGAAAAGUCUUGAUUGAUUUAAAUGCCACAGAUCCUGAUGAAGGAAACAAUGGUCAGGUGGUCUACUCCUUCAGUGGUUAUGCCCCAGAGAGAAUCCGGGAGCUGUUCUCUAUAGACUCAAGAACAGGGGUGAUAAAGAUUCAGGGUGAAAUUGACUAUGAAGAGAGCCCAGUUAUUGAGAUUGACGUCCAGGCUAAGGAUCUAGGUCCCAAUCCAAUCCCAGGCCAUUGUAAAGUCACUGUGAAAGUGCUUGACAGGAAUGAUAACUGGCCAUCUAUAGGCUUUGUGUCUGUGAGACAGGGAGCCAUCAGUGAAGCAGCACCCCCAGGCACUGUCAUUGCUCUGGUUCGUGUCACCGACAAGGACUCAGGCAGGAAUGGGCAGCUUCAAUGCAGAGUGCUGGGUAAUGUCCCUUUUAAACUUGAGGAGAACUAUGAUAACUUCUACACAGUGGUGACAGAUAGGCCCCUGGACAGAGAGGCUACGGAUGAGUACAAUGUCACCAUUGUAGCUAAAGACAAUGGACUUCCUCCUCUGAACUCCACAAAAUCUUUCACAGUCAAGAUUCUUGAUGAGAACGACAACAUUCCUCGCUUCACUAAGGCUGUCUACCUUCUUCAGAUUCCCGAGAACAACAUCCCUGGGGAAUACCUUGGCUCAGUUUUGGCACAUGACCCAGAUCUUGGCCAGAACGGCACAGUAUACUACAGCAUAAUCAACUCCAAUGUGAGUGGGGGUGAUGUCAACACAUAUGUUAAUGUAAAUGCAGCUAAUGGGGCCAUUUAUGCAGUCAGAUCAUUCAACUACGAACAAAUAAAGUAUUUUGACUUCAAAGUCCUUGCUAAAGAUGCAGGAUCUCCACACCUGGAGAGCAACYCCACAGUGCGCAUUAGUGUUCUGGAUGUCAACGACAACAUCCCGGUCAUAGUUUUACCGCUUCUCCAGAACGACACCGCUGAAAUCCACGUUCCACGGAAUGUUGGUGUCGGCUACAUCGUCACCACUGUGAGGGCGGUGGAUAACGACUAUGGUGAGAGUGGGAGGCUCACCUAUGAGAUWUCUGACGGAAACGAGGAGCAUCUCUUUGAGAUUGAUUCGGUAACUGGGGAAGUCAGAACAGCCCACCCAGURUGGGAUGAUGUAAGUCCCAUUGUGGAGCUGAUCAUUCGUGUUUCUGACCAUGGCAAGCCAACUCUAACCGCCGCCGCCCGCCUCAUCAUCAAGGCCUCYAACGGGCGUCCUCCUGAUGGACUCCCACACAUGAAAGACAAUCAGAACUGGGACAUGUCMCUGCCUCUUAUUGUGACUCUAAGCAUCAUAUCUAUCAUGCUUCUGGCUGCCAUGGUGACCAUAGCGAUUAAGUGCAAGCGGGAAAACAAGGAGAUCCGAACUUAUAAUUGUCGCAUUGCAGAGUACUCGCACCCUCAGCUGGGGAAAGGCAAGAAGAAGAAGAUUAACAAGAACGACAUCAUGCUGGUGCAGAGCGAAGUGGAGGAGCGGGAUGCCAUGAAUGUGAUGAAUGUGGUAAGCAGCCCCUCACUGGCCACCUCUCCCAUGUACUUUGACUAUCAGACACGCCUGCCACUAAGCUCACCAAGGUCAGAGGUCAUGUACCUCAAGCCCACUGCCAAUAACCUCAGCGUGCCCCAAAGCCACGUGGGAUGCCACACCAGCUUCACAGGCCCAGUCACCAGCACUACAGACACACCUACUAACCGCAUGUCCAUCAUACAGACGGACAAUUUCCCCACUGAGCCUAAUUAUAUGGGCAGCAGACAACAGUUUGUUCAAAGUAGUUCAACGUUCAAAGACCCGGAGCGAGCGAGCCUCAGGGACAGCGGCCAUGGCGACAGCGACCAGGCCGACAGCGACCAGGACACCAACAAAGGCUCCUGUUGUGAUAUGUCGGCAAAAGAAGCUCUCAAGRUAAAAGCUUCAGGUGUGAAACCACCACCUAUGGAGCAAGAUGAGGAUUGUGUGAAUUGUACYGAGGAGUGCAGAGUACUGGGUCAUUCCGACCGCUGCUGGAUGCCUCAGUUCCCUGCUGGUGGGAAUCAGGCGGAGGGCGUAGACUACCGCAACAACAUGUUUGUGCCAGCCGGGAUGGAGGCGGUACCCGAGACAGAGACUUACGAGACCGUCAAUCCCAACGGCAAGAAAACGUUCUGUACUUUUGGCAAAGAGAGGCGCGACCACACCAUCCUGGUCGCCAACGUCAAGCCCUACUUGAAAGCGAAGCGUGCCCUCAGCCCACUGCUCCAGGAGGUCCCCUCGGCCUCGGGCAGCCCCACCAAGGGCUGCUCCGUGAUGCCUCCCUGCUCCUCGGUCAAAGGCCCGGCYGACGGGGCCGAAGGCAGACCUCCUCCGGCCAGCUGCUCCGGCCACUACGGGCCUCCCGACGGCCAGUACCUGUCGCCCACCAAACAGAGCAGAGACCAAGGGGUCUACCCGCCUUUGCCUCCCUCGGACCCGGUGGCCAAGGUGCURGCGGAGGCCCGGUCCAGGAUCAGUAAGGAAGCGGCGGGCGAAAUGGAGCGAGUCCUGGAGCAGGCGGAGCCGGAUUCCAGCCGCGACGGGAUGGACGCUGACCAGGUUGUGAGGGACAUCGACAAACUCUUACAGGAUUGCAGAGAGAGCGAGACCACCGGCACGCUCAGAAAGUGACACACAGGACGCCAGCAGAAGGAAAUAGAGGAGUACUUUUCUUUUCUUUUUUUCUUUUUGAGAACUCCCAUGCCAAAACUCUCACCAAAACAAAUUGGCUUCUAUAAUAGGGGCUGUUUUCACUGUAUUUGUUGUAGAAAAAGUACCAACGUUGGACAAACAUUGUAUUACGUCAGUCGUGCAGCACCAGCUCCGGUGCUGAAACUACCAACACAAUGGAACUGACGUGACUUUUUCUGGUUUUAUAGACUUUUUGUUAAGCAAACUGCAGGGGUCUCUGCCUCUGGCACCUCGCAAGCUCUUAUCUAAGUGCCCACCAGCUCAUGUGUGUMUUGUUCAUGGUCUCUCGUGAAAUCCUACAUAACUUUGUGUGUAGGUGGAUUUUCUGUUCCCUGUGUUGGACAUCAAAAAGUGGAAGAAAAAAAAAGGGACUAUUUAUGGUCAGACGUGACAAUCGAUGUGGAAAAAGAGAAACAAAGGCUAAUCUGUUCAGGACAGCGAAAAGGCCGAAAUACACAAUAAACCUUAUGUUUGUUUUUUMUUUUUUMGGGUUUUUUUUMGAAUUAAAUCUACUAUAGGUGUAGUGUGCGAUGAACCAGACCUGUCCCAGUGGAGGAUUUAUCAGUGGGGGAGUGUGUUGUUAUGGACCUGGGGUUCAGUCCUCUUCUGAAGGAGUUAUUAACAGUGUAACCAUGUUCCACCUGUCAUAUGUAACUACAUGUGUAAGCUGUGUCUGUCUCACACCUCUAUUUAAAUGUUCAUGUUGCUGAGCAGUGUCGCCGCACACACACACACACUGCUGUCCCACAUGUGCACUACAUGUUGCUCAUACUGAUGCCACACACACGUCAAACCACAAGAACACUUACACACAACUGCCCAUCUGUGGAACUGUCUCCUACAUGUACAUCAUCAGCUUUUAGUCCCUCGUGUACAGUGAAUUAUCAUGUGUGACUACGCCUUAAGGCAAUCAGACGUUGUAUAAAAAGGGACAUUUUUUUUCCUCAACUGUGAAAAGAUAAUAUCUAUAUGGUAAAUAUAGAUGGCUGUAUGUAUGAAUCCAUGUAUAGUCUCCAAAUAUCAACAGAUAUUUAUACAUUUUUUAAGAAAAAAAAGUAGGAAAUGAGCAUUUUAACAGCGUGUCCUGUAGUUAAGGUCAGCUGCAGGAUAUUCAAAGUAACGAACUGCAAAGGACACUGCCAUUGUUCUGAAGACAAAUAUCCAAAAGUGAGAAGAAACAAGAAAAUGUCCCUUCACAUUAUCACUAUACAUAAUAUCAUUAUAUGUGUAUAUGUAUCCAAUUUAGAUGUGUUUACAUAAAAAACUGACAUAUUUUUUAUUGAUUUUUCUGCAAUUUCUGUGCAUUUGAGCCAAAUUGUUAUGUGUACAAAAGCUAUAUUGUGUAUUUUAUUAAAUUAAUAUAUUGUUGUGUUGCAAUAUACAUGGGCUUAUAUUGUAAUUGGCAAAAGUUGCCUUAGUAGCUGUCGAACUCUGUGAGUUUGCUUUAGUUUGGGUUUAUCUUGGGUGUUUCUGUUUUUAUUUUUAAUUUUUCCUUCACAUCUCUGUUCUGCAUCUUUGCAGGCUGGCUUCAGUGCUUUUCAAGAUGUCGUCUGUUUUUUUGCCCUUAGAUCCAGCUGGAUCAAAUACAAUAACUGUUAAAAAGCAUAAAUAAGCCAGCUGAUCUAAUAUGAUACAAAUCAAACCAAUAACAAAAAGCAACAACCACAAGAAGAAAAAAAAAACAAGAAAAAAAAAACAGUUUGACUAUUUUUACUGAGCAAAUUUUUAUAAGGCAGCUAUUUUCUUUAACAAUAACUAGUCUGCAUAGUUUCUGUUUAUUAUGUUUCUACUUUCUUUCCAAAAAAGGAAAAAAAUAAGAGAAAAGAAUAGAAACCUGCCAUAUGGAAAGUGGAGUGGUUUCCUUGGUGAUCAUGAAACUGCCUUACCGUCUCUGCAGAGAGCUUGUUGUAUCUGUGGAGCUUUGUGACUGCUUCUGAAGCCCCGGUCCACUAGAAUGUGCAUUUUCUACCAAGGACCAAAAGAGGUUCUUUUCGCAGCAGUCCAUGUUGUUUAUGUAUGUCCUCCUCAACACGUUUUAAUUCUCAUACGUUGCAGUGAAACUUGAUAUCRGGUCUCUGAAGUUGCUUUGGAUUUAUGUCUUAGCUGGUUAGCUACAUGGUUUUUAAAAACCAGAUGUUUUCACAUUCAGGAUUUAAUAAUAAAAACAAAACAUUUAUUUUUGAAAGUUCUGGCACAUUUCAGCUCAUCUCUGGAAUAAUAGCAGGGGUGCUUUUUUCUAAUAAUCCCUAGUGGUAAAAAAAAAAUAUAAAAUUAAAUAAAAACAAAAACAUUGAA